GAGUGCAGGCAGUAUAUGCUAAUGGGACAAAGAGCAAGCGUUUGAAUAAAAGAAAAUAUUGCUUCUUUUGUUUCGCUUGCUUUUUUAGCUGUGCAAAUAUUUGCGUGAAAAAUUUGAGUGUCGGCACGGGAAUUAUCUCAGCUUUCGAUGCUGGCGAAGUCUCUAUGAACCUGUCGUUAUGAAGUUGACCACCGUCUUCAUAGGUACCGUACAUCGGCAAUAGGCUAGCAGGGAGAAACUUUGCUGAGGUCUAUGGGAUGGUGCUCCCUUGUGUAUGAGCGUGUGUGUGCAGGCAAUUGAAUAACCUCCCAUUCUUAAACGUGUAGCUAGGUGCCACUGAUGGUACGCUUUUUGGCGCCAAAUCCUUUCUAAACUAAAUUCGAAAUUUAUGGUGAUACUAUUCAACGUCUAACGCUUUACCAAACAUAAGCUCAAUCAAGAACAUGUCUCUUAAACGGAAGUCCAUCAACGAAGUACAUCUCGGCUCAGUUUUAAAAGGUUGAUUGUUUCGAGACAGUGCCGGAAUUCGGUUAUCGAGCAACCAUCGUUUCGAGGUUGUGCCCCGGUUCGCCGGGCGCUGUCACUUUGUGCCGCCCGAGCUGUCUGUUGUUUACACAACUGAAAGGGGUGUUCCUUUCAGCAUUCGUCAGUCUAAUCCGUUUGUGAAUCUGUAUGCUACAGCCGAACUUGGCCUCGUAUACAGCCGACUGCGGCCUACCCGUCGAGCUAAGCGACUAGGCCAUACUGGCUGAUCUAACCGAAAUUUAGCUGCCCGUUGCUCCUCUCGAACCAAUAUGAUGACCAGCUCAAUGUUUUUAAUACCUUUUCGAGAAUGAAAUUGGCAAUUUUAAGACUGGUAAUAGUAUUACCAGUAGUAGCUGCUAUUGGCGCUUUGGCAACUGGCAAUAAUGGAGCGUUCGGAAUAAGUUAUAACGGCAAUGUCUCAGUCGGAGUGUAGCUCGAAAAGGAGAGAGGAGUUUCACGCGGAACAGAACGAACGAAAAAUCCGUGCUACCUCACCGUCGUGCUUUGUUGUUGUCUAAUGUGCCCUGGCCAAUUUUAGGAAGCACUUAUACGCACGCACUUUUACCAGCAGCCAUGGCGACUAUGACUCGAUCAAUGAACGUCUCCCAACAGAAGUUCGCGGAAAAGUUAACCAUCCUUAAUGACCGUGGGAUAGGAAUGCUAACACGAAUUUACAACAUUAAGAAGGCAUGUGGAGAUGCAAAAUCUAAACCAUCAUUUCUAUCAGACAAAAGCUUAGAGUCGUCAAUCAAGCAUAUUGUGAGACGAUUUCCAAACGUCGAUAUCAAAGGUUCGUCUGCUCAGCUUACUCCCGUCUUCCAAAUCAAGCAAGAAAUCGUCAAAAGCUUGUCUCUCUACUAUUAUACGUUCGUGGAUCUGCUUGAUUUUAAGGAUCAUGUAAACGACCUUUUGACGCAUCUGGAUAUGUUCCUAAUGGCACCAAAUAUCUCCUUAAAUUUCGACCUGACGAAAGCGUAUUUAGACCUCAUUACCACAUACGUGAGCUUACUGAUACUGCUUUCACGCGUAGAGGACCGCAAAGCCGUUCUUGGAUUGUUUAAUGCAGCCUACGAAAUAAUACAUGGCCAGUGUGAUCAGAGCUUUCCUCGGUUGGGUCAGAUGAUUGUCGACUACGACCCACCUCUCAAAAAAUUAUCAGAUGAAUUCGUGCCACAUUCGAAGAUGCUGUAUAAUGUGCUCUCUUCACUUGUACACGUGUUUCCGCGGCGAAACUUGACAGCAGAUGACUGGAGAAAAAACUACCUGUUGAGUCUUAUAGCACAGCCGAACAACAUGUUAACACCUUCGCAGACGGAGACAAUCGCCUGCGAGUACCUUUCCCUUGAAUCGAUGGAACGCUGGAUUAUAUUCGGCUUUCUGCUCAUUCAUCCGUUUGUCAAUCAACAGCAAGGUCCCGCAAACAAACUGUUCCUUGCGGCACUCAAUAACGGCUGGGUAGUCACACUGUUUCGUGACGAGGUUCUUCACGUUCACGCAUACGUCCAGCAGUUCUUUGAAGGAAUCAAGGGCUACAACAAAAAGUUGACAGAAAUUAAGGACAGCUACAACACCGCAGUUCAGCAGGCACCCUACAUUCAUCGAGAAAGACGAAAGUUCCUUCGUUCGGCGCUGAAGGAGUUGGGCCUCCUGUUGUCCGAGCAGCCAGGUCUGCUAGGUCCCAAGGCGCUCAUCGUCUUCAUGGCAUUAUCUAUGGCUCGCGAUGAGGUAACUUGGUUGCUGCGACAUAUGGAUAACCCGCCACAAAAGGCAGCCAAUAAACAGAAGAAUCAAACAAACGACGAUCUUUUAGAUCGACAAUUACCCGAACUUCUGUUCCAUAUAGAAGAGCUCCGGGGACUCGUGCGGAAAUAUAAUCAGAUCUUCCAGCUGUACUUCAUCCAGUACCUUGCAGGUUUCGACGCGACUGCACUCAAUAUAAUCCUGUCUAAUAUGCAAAGUCUUCCCGAAGAAGACUCGCUGGUCUUGUCUUCAAUUUGCCAAACAAUUUCAUCAAUGAGCGUUAAACAAGUGGAAGAAAAAUGCGUAUUUGACUUGAGAGGCCUUCGAUUAGACUGGUUUCGUUUGCAAACUAAUGCCGCUUCAUCGAAGUACACACUCAACCUCGAAGGACGCUCGGAUCUUGCCAUACUCAUGAACACGAUCGUUUUUCACACGAAAAUGGUCGACUACCUUGAUAAAGUCCUUCAAGAGACCUCGGACCUAUCCGUUUUUUGUUUCUUCAACCGAGCCUUCGAAGACCAGUUUCACCAGUGCCUCGAGUUUCCUGCACAAACCCGUUACGUCGUGGCCUUUCCGCUAAUUUGUGCACACUUCAUCUCGUGCACACAUGAAUUGUGUCCUGAAGAGCGCUAUCACAUCGGUGAUCGUUCGGUAACUAUGGCGAACGCAUUCCUCGAUGAGAUGGCCAAAGAAGCCAAAAAUAUUAUUACCACCAUUUGCGACGAACAAUGCUCAUUGUCUGAUCGACUUUUAGCAAAACAUGCGGCCCAACGUAUUGCGCACAUGUUGCAUCGAAGAAAACGAGAGAAGAAAACUGCCAAAAAUGGCCCGCCUUUACCUGAACCAGAGGAGCCUGGCAUUGAGAGCUAUCGAAGGACAAGGCUAGAGCUAUCCACGAUGGACAAAUUGCACAUGGCUUUGACUGAAGUAUGCUACGCUAUUAAUUACUGUCCGACCAUGACGAUAUGGGAGCACACGUUUGCACCUCGUGAAUACCUUGCCAGUCAAUUAGAAAUACGCUUCGCUAAAGCUCUCGUUGGUAUGGUGAUGUUUGACCAGGAAUCGGGUGAUAUUGCCAAACCCAGCGAACUGCUGAGUUCUGUUCGGGCUUACAUGAGUGUUCUCCAAGGCAUCGAAAAUGUUGUAUCCAUCGACAUAACGCGCGUCUUCAACCAUGUUCUUCUGCAGCAAACCCAAACGCAAGACCGUAACGGGGAUAAGACGAUCACGUCCCUAUUUACUACGUGGUAUCUUGAAGUGCUGCUACGCAGAGCCACUGCGGGACACAUUGUCUUUUCGCCGUUCCAGAGAUCAUUUGUUACAAUCUCGCAGGAUCCUCAGAUUCCAUACACAGCUGAGGAGUACUCCGACGUCAAUGAACUUCGGGCUUUGGCUGAGUUGUUAGGACCGUACGGGAUCAAACAUCUAAAUGAAAGCCUGAUGUGGCAUGUUGCCUCUCAGGUAUCAGAGCUCAAGAAAAUCGUUGCACAAAAUCGCGAUGUGCUCGCCGAGCUUCGGUCGAGUUAUGACAAACCGGAUAAGAUGCGUGAACUAGCAAAAGGCCUGCAGAUGGUUGAUAGCGUUUUACAGCGAAUGACGAUCGUCGGCGUAAUAUUGUGCUUCCGUGAGCUAACUCAGAAUGCUCUGCACGACGUUCUCGAGGAUCGUAUCCCGUUUUUGCUUAGCUCCAUCGAGGACUUCCAUCAAGGUGUGCAAAACAAUUCGAAUCCCGCAAAUCAACUUGCCAGUCUCAGUGUAUCCGAGAUGGCUGUAUCAGGUGGUCUAGAAUGUCGCGUCGAUCCCGCACUCGUACAGGCGCUCCGUCAGCAUGCAAAGAAUGAGGGACCUGAUGAGGAGUAUCAAUUAGCGUGCCUGCUGAUGGUGUUUUUAGCAGUCGCAUUACCCCGAUUGGCCCGCAGUGAAGCGUCGUUGUAUCGACCACCGCUUGAAGCACACCAAAAUAACAUCCACUGCUUGGCUCAAGCCAUCAAUGGCCUCGCAGGAGCUCUGUUCACGCUCUGUGGACAGGGCGACAUUGAGGAGAGAUUAAAAGAGUUUCUGGCGCUUGCCUCGUCGUCAAUGCUCCGACUAGGGCAAGAAGCAGAUAAGGAGGCUAUUCGCCACCGCGAAUCGGUCUAUAUCCUACUUGACCUUAUUGUGCAGGACUCACCUUUCUUGACUAUGGACUUGCUUGAGUCUUGCUUUCCCUACGCGCUCUUACGAAACGCCUAUCAUGCUGUCUACAAGCCGGAUGCCAUGAUCGGCCACGUACCUGCGUAAAUCCUUUAUUUACUUGGUGCGAUAGAGACGAUCACGGAUGCGGAGACAAGAGGAAAAAAUUGUAAGAGAAAUACGAAUCAUACAAGUACCGCUAGUCCUGGCGCUCAAAUACAGAUGAACAUGAACAUUAUCUAGGUGUGCCGCUUAAUCUUUGAAGUUACCUUACCGGAAAUAGGUUGGUAGCCAGACAUCAUACUCGAUCGUUUUUUAUACUUGAUGACUUGGUGCCGAAACGAGAAUCAGCAUCUAAUUGCCCACAUCGACCUAGACCUUUGCUUCAGUCGAUAGGAAAGUUUAGCAGAAAAGGGUACGCGCAUGUUCAUAAUUGGGACAGAGCAAGAAAUGCUAUGGAGAACCCUACGGAAAUGCCAUCAAGCAUGGAGACGCAGACGGUAAAAAACGGCGAGAAAUGAGUCGAGCUUUGAGUAGAUAAUUAGGUAAUUCGGUAAUUCUUACACUUACGAUUAUUUCAUAAUGACACCUGUUAAAGUCGACUUUCGUACAAAAUACUUGCCAACCCAUGCCCGAAGAAUGAAUGGCUAGAAUCUGCAAAUUCGCAGAAGUGUAUCACACAACUGGCGCUAGCCGAUGUCACAGUAAAUACUAAUUGAAUAAUGUGUCGGCUAUUAGCUACACUGCUACUAAGUCAAGGUCCUACUUCAACACAUUACUUUAACGUUGAGUUUUAUCGCACAACAAUAUUGUGGACAAAGGAAGGAAAGAGUUCAUAAAAUGACACAGAAAACCUGGAAGGAGAAAAUUAAAGGAAAGUUUCGGAAAUAAGUUGUGUCGCAGCAGUAAUAUAAACGCACUAAAUAACGAA